AUUCCUUUCUUGCUUCUCCUGGAUUCUCUCUAUAUAUAUAGCGCAAUUGCGCUGCUGUGCUGGGUGCCUAUUCCUUCUCCUUUAUACGUACACCCAAGAGAUCUAGAGCACGUCAUUGAGUUAACCAAGACGCAGGAGGGGCAGGAGCGAAGGAAAUGGCGGACUGGGGACCGGUGGUGAUAGCGGUGGUGCUGUUUGUGCUGUUGAGCCCGGGCUUGCUGUUCCAGCUGCCGGGAAGACAACGCUUCAUCGAAUUCGGGAACAUGCAAACGAGUGGGUUGUCCAUACUUGUUCACACCAUCAUCUUUUUCGGUCUCAUCACCAUCUUCCUCAUCGCUAUCGGCGUCCACAUCUACACCGGAUAGCCAUUUGAUGCUGGUCAUUCACAUCACUUCUGAUUUGAUGCUUUUGGAUGCGAGUGGUUUGAUGGGUUCUAAGGACUUUGUUAUUCUUGUUCUUUGAUGAUAAUUCCAACACAGGAUGUAUUAUUGAUGUAUAAUUAGUUCAGUUUUGUCUGCUGCUGGAGGGUGUCGUCAACAAACAGAUAAUCUCAAUAUCACAGCUGAUAUAUAGUACCUCCAGUAUGCUUUUGUGAAAAACCGUGCAGAACUUACUAAUUCAUGCCAAUUCACGACCGAUCACUUGAUGCAAAUUUCAUACUUGAA